AUGGACGGGAUUAUCCUCUUGUGUGUGCUCUCCGCUUGUCUCUCAGCCGUACACACCCAGAAAUUUUUGUUCAGCCCAAAAUGGGGCCCCAUCGGCUAUAAAGAGCGGGAAGAGCACGGUGUUGGGACAGCAAUGGAUGAAAUCAUUAAAGCUAAUGGGUUCCAAGCCUCCCGAAUCAUCGAGGGCUCCACCACUCUCAGAGAGGGAGACAUUGCUGUUUCUGCUGGCAGGCGCUCCAAGGUCUGCUUUGCACGGAGCUGCCCCUGGGCGAAGUCAGUGGACGGACAUGUCUACAUUGCAUACAGGCUAUCACCUCAGUACUCUGAACUGGAGACAAAGCUGAUAAAGAAAGGGAUGGAGAGCACGGAGAAAGGGACCUGUGUGCGAUUUGUUCCCUGGACUCACCAGCGAGACUACGUCGACAUCCAGCCAAAAUCUGGGUGUUGGUCUUACCUUGGUUCACGUGGUGGACGACAGACCGUGUCUCUCCAGAGUCCUGGCUGCCUCCAAGUCGGAGUGAUUUCCCACGAGUUAAUGCACGCCCUGGGCUUUGUGCACGAGCAGUCUCGCUUGGACCGGGACAACUAUGUCAGCAUCAUGUGGCCAAACAUUUGGAGGGAUCGUUUGAGGAAUUUUGAGAAAUUCAAGACCGACAAUCUGGACCUUCCAUAUGACUACAGCUCAAUCAUGCACUUUGGGAUGUAUGCCUACUCCCAGGACGGGCAACCAACCAUCAUACCUAAGAACAGCAAGGUGCAGCUGGGCCAGGCCUCGACUCUCAGCCACAUUGACAAGAUGAAAAUCAAUAGGCUUUACCAAUGCGGUUGGUAA